GCCCCGGCGGGGGGAAGUGAAGUCAUACCUCAACCUCGAGACAAGCGGCCACUUUGUCCCUAUAGUCUCAAGCGUUGCAAUCGUCCCAUAGAGUCCCACAGUGUCCCACAGUCUGAUCAGUGUGACGCUGAUCCGACCCGGAGGUGUAGCAGCAGCUAUGGCUUCCGCCUCUCUCUCAUCUGCCACGUGUCCCUCGUCAUCCGCGGUCUUUAGCUGCCACCAUCUCUCUCCUUCUCACCCUCAUUUAGCGACAACGAAGUCUGUCAUUGUGCUGAGGACGGCUUUCGUUGACAACAACAUUUUGGUGUCCAAACGAUUUGGAGUACGUCAACAUCAACUUCUUCUGGUUAGCGAUGUCUCAGAGUGUCGUCGUGGUGGCCUAUUUAUAGGUCGUCGUGGUCUAUUUAUAGCCGCUAGCGAUGAGGCGGGUUCCGAGAGACGUAGUACUUAUCGAAAGGACGCGUAUGUGUCCUACACCACUGGCAAACGCUCGUCAAUUGUCACUUGGGAGAGUCAGAAAAUCUCCUCCUCCUCCUCCUCCUCCUCCUCCUCCUCCUCCUCCUCACACUCUUCCUCGUCUCCGUCUUCGUUCUCAUCGUCGUCAUCAUCUUCUUCUCCCAACUCCCCUGUGGCAGGGAGGACUAAUGCGAGGAGUAUGUCGUUGGUGUUCGUCGGAGCGGAAGCAGCACCGUGGUCGAAGGUCGGCGGGCUGGGAGAUGUCAUGGGCGCGCUUCCACCUGCUCUCGCAGCUCGGGGCCACCGAGUGAUGGCCAUCGCUCCACGGUACGAUCAAUACAAGGACGCUUGGGACACACAAUGCACCGUUGAGGUGGCCGUUGGAGGGAGGGUGGAGACCGUCCGAUUCUUCCAUCUGCGCAAGCGAGGUGUUGACCGGGUCUUCGUGGACCACCCACUCUUUCUGGAGAAGGUAUGGGGAGUGACGGGGCAGAAGAUCUAUGGUCAGACCGUCGGAGUGGAGUAUCCCGACAACCCGCUUCGCUUCGCCGUCUUCUGCCAGGUACGUAUAUGCAGCGAGGGUCCAGAUCAUCUUCCGGUCAUCAACUGGAUGAGGGCAGGAUUCGAGGAGUCGGAUCUGUUGUUGACUGUCAGUCCGACGUAUGCGAACGAGGCUGCCAGGGAGGAAGACAUAGGGGCUGGCCUAAGAGACAUUAUCUCAAGGAAGGGUAUGCUAGGAAUCAUGAACGGCGCAGAUGUCACUGAAUGGAGCCCCGUCAGUGACAAGCUCCUCGAUGUCAAGUACGAUAUCGAGUCGGUGCCAAUUGUUGCUUCAACCGGCGGUCUCAUGGAUUCUGUCCUUGAUGGUGUGACUGGCUUGCACAUGGGGAAGUUCAGCCUUACGCCCGAUCUUGAAACGGAGGACAUCAUGAAGGUCGUGGAAGCACUCAAACGAGCUGAAGAGGUGUAUAGAACACCAUCUCUUUUCACGAGGAUGGUUCUUGCGGGAAUGUCUCAAGAUCUGUCAUGGAAGGCACCGGCAAGGGCAUGGGAGCGGGCAUUACUCGGCCUUAAGGAGGAGGGAGGAAAGCGGAUAGAAAUGGACUCGGUGGAGAUCUUUCUAGGAGAGAGAGCGGAGAGGCAUCUUCCUGCGCGGGAAUGUUCGAAGGAGGUGCUGCCUGCAAGUGCCUAGUCAUCUCAACACAUCCCUUCUGUGCGACCAUCACGGUAGCCCUUUUAUAAUUAUGACCUUACGAACAAAAAACUGGGCCUCCCUGAAUGAACCUGGGGAAUGGGACAUACAGGUGCAGAUCAUGCAUCACUGCACAUCCGUAUGUCCCCUGUGUAUGUUGCAGUAGCUAUAUUCCGGAAAGAGCGCACACUGUCAGACGGAAUGGAAGUGCUUCCUGUGAAUGUCUACUGGUAGGUGGCAUCUCUACUAUCGUCCAUGCUCUGCGAUGGCUGCAGAAGCAUGUGGUUAAGGCCAUUUUUCUCAGAUGUUACACUGGUAAGGCCAUUUUUUUCUGCCUGUGCUGAGACAUUAUGAAGCUCAUCCCGCGUCCUUGAUACUAGUCGAUAGGGAGAAAAAACGACAGCAUGUAUGGAUCGUGCAGCCACCCGAUGACAAAAAAAUUCAUGCGACACACACGUUCAGAUGUCUGAACACUGUCAGGGGGAGUUGGAGAGGACGAUGCGGAGGCAGGGAAGAAGAGGAGGAAGAGGACGUCGAGAUGUAGAUAGAUGGAGAGGUGAUUGUACUAAGGUCUCCUGAACAGAAUAAACUGGACCAGGUUCGUACAUGUGUAAUUCCUUAAGUGAGGUGUGUGGUCAAUGGUGAGUCUCAACUUCGACAGAGCACAUGCUGGAAGUUGCAAUUUUGUGUCCUUCAACAAUUUUAGUGGGAGGUAGUGGGAAACUUAAAACAUUGGUAGAAUGUUGCGAUACUCAAGUGGGCUUCGAGUUCAAGGCUACUUGGCACUUGCAGUUCAAUUUCGCAAAAGAUGCAGUUUUGUGGACGUAGAGAAGGUAGCAAGGACGACCAUGUUGACGUACUAGAUAUAUCCUAGGAAUAGGAUACACACUCGGCAAUCCAACAGUACAUCUGGUGCGUGAGUCUAGGGGUCGAAGUUUGCGAGAACUAAAAUGUCUUUAAAGUGCUGACAAAGCCACAAAUUUGCUUCAGCAUUGGCAGAAAGCUUCAAGUUUGGAGAAAGGUGCAAGCUUGGAGAAAGGUGCAAGCUUUAUAGCAGUUGCCUUUUGUUUGACUUGAGUAGUGUCUUGAAAGUGCUGACGAAGCCACAUUGUCAAUUGAAAUUGCUUCAGCAUUGGCUGAAAGCUUCAAGCUUGCAGAAAGCCUGAGAAAGGUGCAAGCUUGCAAGCUUUGUAGCAGUCGCCUUGUGUUUACUUGAGUAAUGUCUUGAAAGUGCUGACGAAGCCACAGAUUGCUUCAGCAUUGGCAGGAAGCUUCAAGCUUGCAGAAAGGUGCAAGCUUUGUAGCAGUUUGGCUUUUAUUGACUUGAGUCACUUGACAGCAGCUAUGAACGGCUUUGCAGUUGGUAGGAAAGCUGCAGUUUUGUGGAAUUUACCACAUUGAAGUUCAUGGAAGUGAGUGAUACAUACCUGAGUAUGCAGCAGCUGCUUGGAAUUUGAAGAAAGGGGGGAGUUGAAGCAUUUUUUUACCCUAAUGAUAGUAGAAUGAUUAAGUGCCUCAGCAUUUGAUUAACAGUGGGAAGCUUUUAGCAUUUAUCUUUGGUGCCAAAUUGACAACUAAAAACCACCUUCGAGACUAGUUGCAGUUUUGCAGAAUUGAUCG